UUGAUCUGUCAAAAUAGAAUCAGGCGCGUGAGCUGGUGAUUUGACUGAAGGGAUCAGUGUCACUGUGUCAAACUGUGCUCGUUGGACUCUUUGUUUCCUGACGAUCACGAUGAUGAGUCAGUGCAGUUUCUGGUUUUAAACAGUAACUCGCUGUUUUACAGCGUCACAUCAGCUAACAGCUGAUAGCCUCCUAGCUAACGUCCCUGCCUGGUCAGAGUUAACAUUAUCUGACGGCUUAGCGGCGUAUGGGCAGCUAGCAGUAGGUCAUCUGGAGGAUAAAUGCAUGUCACUGUAUAGUCUCACGUCCUUGUGAUCGGUGUGUGUGUUAAGUUGCGGUGUGGAAGUAGCUGUAGCAUAGUUCUGAAAGUGACGAUGCAUCGCGAAGGAGGCGUAUCCACCCAGCUUUAGCCGCUAACUGCCCUGAUCCCCCUGAUACGUGUGACAGUCGCAGCGCUGUCAUGGAUUUCUAAAGAGUAUGGAAGAACCUUAGGAUGGUGUCCGCUCCAGGGAGAUAAAGAACCGCGAUGAAGCCUGAACACCAGUGUCUUGCCAUGGCUGAGGAUGGAAAGAGUCCGGUGGGAGGAGGCCCUGGUUCAUCGGGCCGUCAGACCUACAGGAGUUUAGCCCAUUUCCGCAGCCUGCUGGACGGCCUGCUGGCUCUCAGACAGGGGGGCAUCCUGUUCGAUGUGGUGCUGCUGGUGGAGGGUCGACCCAUCCAAGCCCACCGCAUACUGUUGGCAGCCUCCUGCAGUUACUUCAGGGGAAUGUUUGCUGGAGGCCUUCGGGAGACACAGCAAAAUGAGAUACCAAUUCAUGGAGUCUCCUACAUGGCCAUGAAAAGAAUACUUGACUACAUCUACACCUCGGAGAUUGAGUUAGACCUGGAGUGUGUCCAGGAAGUCCUGAUCGCUGCCACACUUGUACAGCUUGACAAUGUCAUCGGCUUCUGCUGUGAUUUCCUCCUCUCCUGGCUGGAUGAGGACAACAUUUUAGAGGUGCAUCAUCUCGCCGAUCUGUAUGGACUGCAGCAGCUCAACGACCGAGUCCACUCCUACAUCCUCAGGAACAUUCAGACUCUGUCUCGCAGCGACGUGUACCGACAGCUCCCCGAAGACGUAGUGUUCCGAGCACUGAGCAGCGAAGAGCUUCAGGUGAACAGUGAAAACGAGGUGUACGAGGCGGCUCUUCAUUACCACUACAGCCCCGAGCAGGUGGAAACUGACCAGGUGUACUUGCAGGUCAGUCCCAAGGAUAAUCUCAGGAUGAUUGAUGCUGUGCGUUUCUGCCUGAUUGAGAAAAAAGUAUUGCAGAGACUGUACGGCAGACUGAACCAGUGUCCGCUGAAGGAUUUGGCCUCAGCCGCCCUGACUUACCAUGAGCAGGAGAUCUGGCAGCCCGUCCUGCAGACUCCUCUCACCCAGCCGCGGUCCACCUUCCAUUGUAUCCUGGGUUUCGGCGGGAUGUUCAGCUCCGGCUCCCUCACAGACAACGAGCACCUGUUUCAGGUGUUCCACCCGAGCUGGGGGGAGUGGAGGGCUCUCACUGCAGCACAUGCACCGCGAAUGUCCAACCAGGGCAUCGCUGUGAUCAACAACUUUGUUUAUCUUAUUGGAGGAGACAAGAACACCACUGGAUUUCGAGCGGAGACCCGCUGCUGGAGAUACGACCCCCGUCACAACACCUGGUGUACCAUCCAGCCACUGCAGCAGCAGCGUGCGGACCACUGUGUGUGUGUGGUGGGCGACCAUAUUUACGCCAUCGGAGGACGAGACUACAGUAAUGAACUGGACUCAGUGGAGCGCUAUGACCCGCACACCAACAAGUGGGAGUUUGUGUCACCUCUAAAAAGAGAGGUGUAUGCACAUGCCGGAGCAGUGACCGGCGGAAAGAUUUAUAUAACCUGUGGCCGCAGAGGUGGGGCUUACCUCAGAGAGACGUACUGCUUUGACCCUGUGGCAAAUCACUUGACGGCGUGUGCGGAGGGGCCGGUAGAGAGGGCCUGGCACGGCAUGGCAGCUGUAAACGGACGCGUUUAUGUCAUCGGCGGAAGCAAUGAUCAGCAUGGAUAUCGGCGUGAUGUCCUGAAGGUUGCAUGCUUUGACCCCACUGCCAACUCUUGGUCUUUAAUGACCCCUCUCCCCGCUGGACACGGAGAACCUGGCGUAGCUGUGCUGGACAGUUACAUCUACAUCCUGGGUGGACGCUCUCACAACAAGAGUAACAGGAUGAAGUAUGUUCACGUGUACAACACCGACGCAGACGAGUGGGAGGUCGAGACAGAGUUUAAGGAGCGUGUCUCGGGCAUGGCAGCCUGCGUGGUGCCCAUGCCCCCUAAUGUGAUCGCCCAGGCCAGGAGCUGGGAGCAGCGCACCAAGGCUUCUUGGGAAGACCUGGAAAACUCAGAGGACUCUAAUGAGGACUGAAGCAGCUGUGUUGGACUGAAUGUCUGUGCACUGGAGACUGUUGAUGCACUUUUUAAAACAAAUUCAGCAUGUUGAGUGUGAAGUACUUUUAGGAUGUUGUUGUGGCAGCGGUUUAUAACAGCAUCAUGUCCUCUUUGCAUGUUGACCACUUUGAGUGCCUCUGAACCAAAGUGUCAUUCAGGAUCUUUGCAUAUUUAUAUUUAUGUCUCAGCUACAGAGUUAGCCCCUGUUCAAACAUGUUAUAGGAAAAAUGAAAGUUCUCUCAUUAUCUACUCACCACUAUGCCGAGGGAGGGGUGGGUGAAGUGUUUCAGUCCACAAAACUCUUCUGGAGUCUCAGAAGUAAACUUUGUAGCAGCCGAAUCCAAAACAACUAAAUUCAGUGGUGACCGACACUUCAGAGGUAAUAAAACAACAGAAAAAACAUGACAUGCCUCCAUACUGCUCGUGUGCUGUCAUCCAACUGUCCACAAGCCCCGACAUUCACUUUUGACUGGAAACUAGGUCAUUUACACCAUGUUUAAGCCUGAAUGUCCACGUAGUAUGUCUGAGGUUCCAUGAAAUCACCUAGUAGAAGGAUAUCAGUUGACUUUUAGGCUUAAAGCACGGUGAAAAUGAUGCUGUUUAAAGUCGAAUGUCGGGGCUUGAGGACACUUGGAUGAUAGCCUGGUUAGUAGAUGAUGAGUGCAUUUUCAUUUUUCAGUGAACUAUCCUUUUAAAACCUGAUCUAAGGCCUCAUUCACACCCGGUAUGAACAUGUGCUUUUUGUGAUCAAUCUCAAGACAGAGCACUAAAUACAUUUGUGAAUGCACUCGGAUACAGAUCAGACCACAUUUAGAGGUGGUCUGGGCCUCGUGUCCACAUUCUCGUCACAGUGUGAACGUGAUUGUGUCUCUUCUCGUUGUUUGUGACCUCUGGUAUCCGUCAGUCUCGUAACAAAGUGGCAGCCUCUUGGUUGGACGGGUUCAGUCCAUGUGGGGCCACAUUUUAAUGCCAGGUGUGAAGGCACGCACUCGGAGUUGUCAACUCAUGAUCAGAUCACAAAAACCACGUGUUAAAACCGGGUGUGCACGGGGCCUGAAUCCCACUCCAUGAAACCUGCUCAAAUGCUGAUGCAACUGUUUUUGGCUGAUCCAUUUUUAUUUCCUGUCACUGUGUCAUUUGUCACUGGAAAGCUAUCCUCAAAGUAAAGCAGUGUAGACUACUGGCUAUGCAAUUAUAUGGUGGUGCAGGAUAUGGAGGAGUUCUUUCAGCUGCAUGUUUAUUCUCUUAUCACCUAAACCAGGGUGUAGACGUUUUACAGGCAGCUGUUACCUGUUGUAAUGUUAUUCUUAAGCUAGUCUGAUAAAUUAUUAAAAUCUGUGAAGUAAAUUAUAUUAUUUAGUUUACCUUUCCAGCCUAGAAGCUACUGGUUAUUGCUACGAUUAAGUUAUCGUCACAUCCAAACUUCUGAAUUAUAAGACAUUUUAACACUGUGCCUGUUUUUGGCUGAAACACACAAGUCUGUGUAAUGACGUUUUUAUUUUUAUGUUCACCAGUGUCUGAUUAGAUGGAGAUGAGCCUCAGAUGAUGUGCCUCCGAUGUCACAGGCAAGUUGUAAAGAACAACGUGGAAGUAAUCUGUAACUGGAUGAUGAAACACUGGUGCUACAGGAUGAAAAGCCCAUCUCCUAAUAUGUUGCCACGUCUUCAGGUUAAUUACGUGUGUGCAAUGUAAACCAAAACAUUAUGAUAUGUUGUUCUUGUUUGCAUUGGUCUUCCAUGCUGCGUAUUAUUCCAUGGCAGAAUCCUAAGAGUAGUAGAAUAUGUAUAUUGGUUAAUAUAACCUCUGCUCUAUGUUUCUGUUUGUUGCCUCAGUUCACAGUUAACAUUAUUAGUGUUAUUAUUAUAGUCAGAUGUGUGAAAUGACACUUUCCUCACUAUGCACCUUUUAUUUCUGUCACUGAAAAUCCUUCAGGAACAAGUGAAAUUUCAGUUUUGUUUUCUCAUAGGAUCAGAGUUUUGAAAGCAAAUCAAUGUGUUGGUACUUGCUGUUAUACAAGAAAUGCAAAAUGGGUACUCAAGAUAACUUUUCAAAUGUAAUAAAAGCACA